GAAGGAGCUCCUCAGGCAGCGGCGCUUGAUCGCCUGACAGGCUGCUGCCAACUCUCAUUGAAAACCGGAAUUUGUACGCAGUUCAAAGGCAAAAUAAGCACCCAGCUAAGAAGGAUACAUUGUUCGUUAUUUCUUGAUCCUGUUAGUGCUGAGACUCAGAGUUAAAGCAUGGGGAACGGCGUCAAUAAGGUUCUCCAAGAUUUGUACUUGGGAAACUUUAAGGACGCAAGAGACAGAGAACAGUUAGCCAGAAACAACAUCACACACAUCCUGUCUAUUCAUGAGAGCGCAGCUCCGAUCCUCCCGGAGAUGACUUAUCUGUGCCUCUCUGCAGCAGACAUGCCUACACAGAAUCUAACUCAACAUUUCAAACAGAGUAUAACAUUCAUGCACGAGUCCCGGCUGAAAGGAGUAGGCUGCCUCGUUCACUGUCUGGCAGGAGUGUCUCGCAGUGUCACCCUGGUGGUAGCUUACAUCAUGACCUUGACAGGUCUGGGCUGGCAAGAUGUGCUCGCUGCUGUGAAGGUGGUCCGGCCCUGUGCCAACCCCAACCUGGGCUUCCAGAGGCAGCUGCAGGAGUUUCAGGAUACUCAAGCUGAAGGGUUCAGGGAAUGGCUUCGAAAGAGCUACAAGGACAACCCCUUUAACGAUACGGCUGAUAUUCAAGAAUUACUGGCAAAGGUGCCAAAAGUCAACAAAGAAGAGAUGGAACAACAUGCAUCUACUUUGCCUGAAGGUGUUUAAUAAGAGCUGAU